AUGGACGAGAAAAGAAGCGGUUCGCCCAUUGGGCACCGCGGGAUGUUCAAACUAGUAUGGGAGGCGGUGAUUGGUGGAGACGCGGCGCGGCCCGCCGCCCCCGCCCGGGCGGGUCAUUGUCUGGCGGCUCCUGAGGCGGGUCGGGCGCGGCGGUGGCUUUGGGGUUCGGACGACGGCGGCGGUACCAUGGCUGGUGGCAAGGCGGGCAAGGACAGCGGCAAGGCCAAGGCCAAGGCCGUGUCGCGCUCCCAGAGGGCUGGGCUGCAGUUCCCAGUGGGCCGCAUCCACAGGCACCUGAAGACUCGGACCACCAGCCACGGGCGCGUGGGCGCCACGGCAGCCGUGUACAGCGCGGCCAUCCUCGAGUACCUGACGGCCGAGGUGCUGGAGCUGGCCGGGAACGCGUCCAAGGAUCUCAAGGUGAAGCGGAUCACGCCCCGGCACCUGCAGCUGGCCAUCCGCGGCGAUGAGGAGCUCGACUCGCUGAUCAAAGCCACCAUCGCCGGAGGAGGUGUCAUUCCCCACAUCCACAAGUCUCUGAUUGGAAAGAAGGGACAGCAGAAAACGGCGUAGAGGGAGCGCGGCACCGGAUCCCCCGUCAUUGUACUGUACCUGGGCACAGGAACAUCUCGGGGACACGAGGGAUUUUUUUAAGGAAUAGUUGAAGGGAAGAGCAUAGAGGAUUGACUGUAGAGGAAGCAUUGGGAUGGGUUUAGAUUCUGAGUAGGACACACCGCGGGCUGUGGGGCGGCAGCUGGGGGUGGGCGAGUGGCUCGGCUGCCCCCGCGUUUUAUACAAAAAUGGAACCCAUAAACCAUUUUUUA